UUGUUCAGGUUUGUGAGAUGUUUUGAUGAAACGUAAAAUUUAAUUAUUGUUGACAACUAAAAUGGAAGGAGUUGGAGACGCAUCCUUUCCGCUUCUCGACAACGAAGUCAGAAUCAAGUCAAAGCGCGAUAAGCCUAAGAAAGGUGACAUAAAAUUUGCUAGUCAUAAGCAGACUCUACAACACACUGUCAGAGCGAAAAAGAUCAAUGAAACUCACCUGUUCCACUUCUUACGAUCUGUCGACGAUCAGAAAUGCAAGCGAACAAUUCAGAUUGAUAAAGAGGUUGGAGAAGUUGAGAAAUUUUUGGACAAAUUAACAAAAGACCGAGAAGAAAUUAAGCGACGGAGGAUAGCGCGACGGAACGCGCGCAGUGCCUUGAGUACCGGUAAUAGCCUACCAAACACCAGUCCAUCGACUUCAGUGGCUGUAAAAACUUUGCGAAGGCAGUCUACAAAGAAUAGUUUUAAUGUUUCUCACUUCAAUGAGCUAGCUUUUAAAAUGAAAUUAAUGAGACAGUCCAAGACGCCCGACACUGCAACAAAUCUGCUAACAUCCUAUUACCAAUUUGACGCGAUUGGAAACCGUAUAAAUGAUAUUCCAAUGAACAGCUUAAGUUCACCACUUGCUGGAUUUAAAGACUCGAAAAUAGCAUGGGAACACAUUCCAGAUAACUGGUCUAUGUCGGGUCUGUCGCUGAAGGAUUUUGGAAACUUUAGCGUGAAAUCAUCUAAGCACAGUAGCGAGACUGCGAGUGCCAAAAGUCGACAGUUAUCUUCGGACGUCCAAAGUGAGACCAGUAGCACGCUAGAUGUGUCAAUCUCAGAAUUCGAAGGGAAGCAAAAUGCGCAUAACUACGCGCCCUUACCUAGCAACCCUGAUACACGUAAAGAGAACGCUAUGACCGACGGGAUUGGGGGUGGUGAAACAGAAACUUGUUCUCUCUUGAAAAAAUCAGUUAUAUCGGCUGCAUCUAAGAAUCGGGAAAAUGAAUCUGGGCGAAAAAGCAACAUGCGGAGUAGAGACAAUUGCACUGGUGGAACCAGGCGUGAAGUAACGUUUAGUGAGACUCCGGAAGUAACUCGAAUAGGUUCGCCUGUUGCGGGGAAGCCUACCGUAGUAGUCAGGCGACCAGACGGCAGGGAGAUCGAGAAGGAUGACAUUCGAAGUUGUGAUGGCGGUAGUAAUAGCAGUUUUUCGUCAACUGAUUGUGAAUAUUCGGAUUGUAUUUAUCAUAACCGAAAACAUUUAUUGGUGGCAAUAAACAAAGAAUGCACCGCACAAGGUUGUUACAAAACUCUUCCAAAGGUUGGUGAAAUUACUGGGAAAAUGGCAAGGAUUCUAAAAAAGGAGAGCGAAGCACCUUCGUCGGAGUGGAAAUCGACACCGAAGGUCGCAGUCACUCCGUCACCUACACCGUCAGACAUUUUCAGAGACCUGGAUACAAGUGUUGGGAAUUGUGAAAAGUUGGAUUACACUGACUUAGACGUUAUGUCGUCGGUUAGACGCCCAGUGAAAGGCUCAAAUAGGGAGAUGAUGUUGAGGAAGAAAGAAUUGAAUCUCAUUACAACGUUUGCUCUCAUGAGGAAACGAGUGACAGAUCGGAUACCUCAGGAUUUCAAUAUGAACUAUGGAACGCCCACCCCUAAUUGGAAAAUACUGAAUCCUUUGAAAUUGCGCCACAAAGUUGCACAUUCUUCGCCUCUUUUCGUGAAAUGGAAAUUUUAAAAGAGGAAGAUAAUUAAAUUGGAGUAUCAUAAGAAUUAUUAUUUAUAAGGUAACAAUAAAGAAAAUGUGUAGGCCUAUUAAGUGAUUGUAUUAUCAUCAUUAUUACCGUCAUAAUCAAGCCUACCAUAAUCAUUAAUGAUAUCAACCGUCAACACAUCAUCCAUCAUCACCACCAUCAUCCUCAUUGUCAUUGCCAUCAUUAUUAUAAUCAUUACCAAUAUCCAUCACAGUCAAUGUUAUCUUGUAAGCAACGUCGUUCAAAUAGCAAUCUCGUAAUAGCAUAAUUACCGCUUAAGAGAAUUUGGAGACUUUAAAUAUGCGGUAUGCAGUGCCGACUCAUUUUCUUAUUAUAAUAUAGUUACAUUGAUUACUUCGUCAUUGUGAUUUCAAUAAACCUACAAUGGAAACCAA